AAUAAUAGCAUUCCCCAGCAUAAGUUUAGUGUUCUAUAUUUUUGUUGUUGUUCUUGAGCUUCCCUCAGUUCAAUUGUAUUUGUACUGCAAGAAUCUAUCAUCUAUACCCUCACAAUUAUCCUGUUUAGGUUUAAAAGAUUCAUAGUUUACGCCUUGACGACCUCCAUGGUUGUUGUCAAAGUGCUUUUGUUCAAGUCUUUGCCUCCAUGACCUCCACAACUUUUAUGGUUGUUUAAAAGUUCAUUAUUGGCCAUACUUCCACAACUAGCAUGCUUGUUAGUGGGUUCAUCACAUCUGCCUCCUCGGUUGUGUUUGAGGCCGGGUCGUCGUACUGUUUGGGCCAUAACUUUGGGUACGGGUGUCCAAUUUUAGCGGUCUAUACCUUUUCGGAAAGCUCUCGGCAAGAUGCAUAGGGGCCCGAUCUGUCUAAGACCCAUCAGGGUCCAUAUUUUACUCAAAAAUCUGCAGUUUAACCCAUUAAUUUUUCACUUUUGUGAUUUUUGGCCUUAUCGUUGUUCGGUUCUUUUCUUAUACAACCUUGGUUCAAUUCGGGUUUAAGUUUCCUCUAGAACCUAUCUUGGAAAGAGAAACACAAAAUGAAACACACGCUUGAAGAUGAAUUGUAUUACCAUUCCUGCAAACAUGCAGCCAAGGCUCCAAAAAUCUAAAGAAUGGUCAUAGUUUUGUAAGGUAACCAAGAGUUCAGGACCCUAAAAAUGCCUGAACAACAAUCAUAUUUUAGUGAUGGCUAGAGUUAGCAUGAUAGCUUAAACCGACUCUGUUUUUACCUUUAUUUGUGUCUUUAAAAUUGACUUAGUGUUGUUACCUUGAAGCCACACAAACAUUGUAUUCCUUUCAUAGGUGGUAAAAUUCAGCAAGCCCCUAAUCUAUGAGGUAAAGCUUUCACAACACAUGGUCUAUCACAACAUAUUGAGGUUUCACUUGAAGAGGCUUACACUUUGAAGACGCAUCUCAAGUCUUUUUGUGAGGCAGGUAAUUGUAUGUGCGACUUUAUGUAAUAAGGCCCAUAUACUGAAAGUUUGUCCUUAAUAUGUAAGAGACAUCAUAUCGGUCUAUUUUUCUCUCCACGUUGUCGCUCCCCAGCUCCAAGACUCAGCAAUCAGCAGCUAUAUGCAUUAUUUUUUUUCCUUUUCUUGUGCCUGAUGCUCCCUGCCUCUGUUCUUAACUUCUUAUUCUUAUCCAUCUCCUUCUAUCUGCAUUACUUGGUCACUUUUUUUCCACUAGUUCUUCUCUGUUUUUCUUUGUGGUUUUGUGAAUUUGAUAUUAGAUUUAAAUGUUUUCUAUGCUGACAUAUAUUACGCUUUACAUGAUUAGAUGAGAUGAGAUUUUCAAUAAAAAGUUUUCAAAGUAGCACUCCUGUUUUUAAUUGUUGGUAUAUUUUGCGGCUUGCACCUACGCGCCUUGCCUCUCUGGAACAAAAACCAUGCUAGGGGAACCCUACCUCUCACCUCAUCUUCUCUUAUUGUUUAAUAUAAGCGGAUAUACAAGUUUUCUGGGGGUUCUUUUUCAUGGAAUGUGUGUGCCUCCUAGUCUAUGUUCUUUUUCUUUUUUUAUUACAUGUUGGGUAGUUGUGUUUUUAAUUUUUGCUACAUUUUUAAGCCUGAUUGAUGUCUAUUACUUCAUAUUAUGUAUUUGAGAUCAAGAUUUCUUAGUAUUCAACAAGGGGUUGCAUUGGCGAAGUAUUUUGAAAUGUAGUUUUGGUAAUUAUUUGGAUGAGGACUUUGUGUUUGGUUAGUGGCAACUGACAAUAAUGAGUUUUGGUUGUUCAAUUCUCUUUUGUAGAUUUUUUUAGGUUGGUAAUAUGCAGGUGGGAAUUGGUGUUAGUUGGACUUCACAAUUCCAACUAGAUGUCUAGAUGAUGAGUUCUGCUUACCAAGUUACCUUUUCACUUUCAAAAGAAGCAUAUUUAUGUAUGAAGAACUGCUGAUUUUUUAAACGAAGGCUGCUUGUCACUAGUUAUUCCGAUUGAUAGCCAGGUAAUGCUAUUUUUGGCCCGCUUUCUUAUCUGUUUAAUGAUUGGUAGCCAUGUUAAGUAUUCAAAUAUUAUUUUUCUUUUAACUAAUGACAUUAUAUGGUAUUUUGGUUUAUUAUCUUAUGUGUUUUAACGUGAUUUCACUUGGUUGUUGGCCUAAAUCUUAGUUCGGGCACCUAUCAAGUAGUUGAUGCAGCUGUUUUAUUUGUUUUUGGCUGGUUUUUCUAUUGUCGAUAGCCAUUAUUUUGGUCAUGAUAAAGCUGUAGAUACCUUGGUCUUGGUUGUAGCCAUACUUGCCUUUUUACACAUUCUGCAUUCCCUCCAACCAGUUUCAUUCACGCGGAACAUCUCAAAAUAACCUCUCUGUUUUUUCAAGGUAAGAAGGCAUACAUCUUGAUCCCAUCACCCCAACAGUAAAGUCUCUAGAUUUAAACUAUGUAAGAAGUAUGAACUUUGUCUGAGUGGUUGGUAGCUGCUAGAUUUUCACCUUUGGUCUUAAACAUACAUUCUUUUAUUAAUCCAGAUGAAUCUAAAGGUUUAGUGAAAAUUGGCUUUUAGUUAUACUUGGUGACAUCAUAGUUGAUGUGGUGGUUUAUUUAUAAUUUUGUUUUCUCAACUUACAGCGUGCAUUAUGGAAUAGCUAAUUUUGUUGUAAUAGCUGCUUUGUGGGACAUUAGAGGCAGACUACUCAAUACCUAAUUAAGUUCUUUCUCUUGGGAUUCUCUCUACAAUGAUAAUUUUGUAAAACUUCUACUUAGAUUCUUGGUCUUUAGUUUCCAUUAGGUAUAAGUAGGAUGAGUAUCAUUUGACUUCUUUGCUUGAAAUGGCUCUUAACAAACAAAUGAGGAAACACUUCCGUAUUGAAAUUUUGUAGCUUAUUAGUCUUCAAUUGCAAUCUAACAUCAAAACAGUCUCUUGUGGAGCUGAUUUUACUGUUUGGCUGACCUCUAUUGAAGGAUCUUCUAAACAAAUCAUUUUCUAAUUGCUCAUACUGUUGUUAAUUGUUUUUAUAACUGCUGGUCUACCACAGUAUGGCCAACUUGGCCAUGGCACUGACAACGAGGUAACAUAUGAUGUAUUUUCGUCUAAAGUGAUUGCUUCAUAUUGCUUAAUGCUCUGUAUGUAGUGUUAUUUGAACUGGGUAAAUUGUAACCGCUUUGAAUAUACAUGUGUGAGGUCAACCCCCAUCUUGAGGAUCCCUUUUGGGAUGAGCUAUACCCUUAGCAUAAUAUUAGUCAUAUGAGCCGUGCCCUAUAAUUGAUGGUUUGGGGUAGUUCUUUUGGGGGUUAGUUUGGCACCAUUUUCCCAACUGUCCAUUUCAAUUUGGGUUGGAGUGGGUUGACUGUUGAGUGUUCCACAUUGGUUUUGCACUUCAUUUGAGUGGUUUGAAUCUACUCCCUUAGUCCCACUAUUUUUGAGACAUGAGAGGGACAUAAUUUUAGAAAAAAAUAAAAAUGUGUGGUUGAUAUUAGUGUUGAGAAGUAGGAUAAAGUCUAAAUGUGAACCACACAUAUAUGACCUAAUAUGAUAUGAUACAAAAAUAGUGGGACGAACAAAAAAGGGGAAAAGAGAUAAAAAUAAUGGGGCUGAGGGAGAACUAUGUGAAAGGGCUAAGGGUCAUAAAUAUCACAUAUUGAG